AGGGGAUCCCCCCCAUCCACAGACUUGACCAUCACGGACCCGGGCAGAUGGCGGCUCCUCAGUCCCAGGAUUUGAAUCCCCCCGCUCUCAGGCGUCAGGAUCCGCUUCCUCGGAACCCGAGGCCUCUCAUCGCCCGGACAUGGGGAUCCAGCAGCUCGCCAAAACUGAUCGAGGAAGGAGGAAGCCCCGGCGGCCGUCAGCAGCGGGACCCCGGCCAGAUACCGAGUGUCCUGCAGGGUCUCUUCCAGCGCACAGUCUUCAUGCUGCAGAAUGGGAUCAAACCUGUGUAUGUGUUUGAUGGGAUUCCACCAGAAAACAAGCGCCUCAAAGUCUCUAAAGAUGGAAAAGUCCGGUCUAAUAGAAAAGCAAACCCUUUACCGACCCCAGGGUCAGACAACAUUAAAGACCUGAAGACUCUGCUGAGAUACCUGGGGGUCCCCAUUAUACAGGCUCCCAGUGAAGCAGAAGCCACCUGCGCCCACCUGGUGGUUAAGGGCAUAGCAUGGGGCGCAGUGACUGAGGACAUGGACGCUCUGCCAUUCAACUGCAACCGCCUCAUCCGGAAUCUGACGGCCAAAAAGAAGAUUGAAGUUAAAGAAUAUAAUUUGCAGGAAAUCUUGAAGCAUCUGAAUCUGAGCAGAGAACAGUUUGUUGACCUGUGCAUCCUCCUGGGAUGUGAUUACACCGGGAAGAUCAGUGGCCUGGGGAAGAAGAAAGCCUUGAAGAUGAUUCAGACCUACAAGAACAUUGAAGGGAUUCAGCAGGUUAUCCCACAGGACCGUAUUCCUCCAGACUUCGAUUAUAAUGCAGCGCGCCGGCAGUUCUUGCAUCCUGUCGUUAAAGAGGUUAAACCGGAAGAUCUGAAGUGGACGCAGCCAGACAACAAUAAAGUCCGUCAGUUCCUGUCACAGGAGAAAUGCUUGAAAUGGUCCAGAGUUGGCAGUGUCUUAGAGAAGCUUCAUUCGGUGCAGACACAAAAACCACAAAAAAGAAAAAAAUCCAAGACGACUGAAGCUUCUCCAAGCAAACAAAUGAAAAUCACUGACAUGUUCGCGGUGAAGAAGUCGGCUCGUCAGGCCAAGUCACAUCACUCACCAUCCAUGGAAUGAGGUCCAGAAGAAGCGAUGCCGACACCCGAGGCGCCGUUAACUUGACCUAUAAAUCCCAGUCUGUCCUGAAUCUGCCGCUGUCUGGGGUCAGAUAUAUUAUCAGUGCCUUCUUAAAGGAGAACUCCGCUUAUCCUCACCGGAUUGUAGGACC